AUCUAUACGAAAUCCCUCCGUUCUACUAUGAAAACGGGACUGUAGCCCAAAACAAAACACCAAACCCUAAUCUCUCGACUCAACAUCUGCUGCGCAGCCUCUCUUCUCUCUCUCUCUCUCUCUCUCUCUGUGGUGAGUCGACUGAUCGGUGACCUUCUCCGGCAAUUUCGACCUUCGACCUUCUCUCUCUCUCUCUCUCUCUCUCUCUCUCGGGUUCGACAAUGGCGGGAGGAAAGAUAAGGAAGGAGAAGCACCACCGCGGUGGCGGCGCAUCAGCAAAUCCACACUACCAAGGAGGCAUACCAUUCCACAAGUCCAAGGGACAACACAUCCUGAAAAACCCUCUGCUAAUCGACACAAUCAUCGAAAAGUCUGGAAUCAAGGCCACCGACAUCAUUCUCGAGAUCGGUCCCGGUACCGGAAAUCUUACAAAGAAGCUUCUAGAAGCUGGCAAGUCCGUCGUCGCCGUCGAGCUUGAUCCCCGCAUGGUCCUCGAGCUUCAGCGUCGUUUCCAAGGCACCCCUUUCUCCAAUCGCCUAAAGGUUAUCCAAGGAGAUGUGCUUAAGUGUGAUCUUCCAUACUUCGAUAUAUGUGUGGCAAACAUCCCUUAUCAAAUUUCCUCUCCACUCACUUUCAAAUUGUUGUCCCAUCGACCAUUAUUCAGGUGUGCAGUGAUAAUGUUCCAGAGGGAAUUUGCCAUGAGACUUGUUGCUCAGCCUGGUGACACUCUGUACUGUCGCUUAUCUGUGAACACCCAACUCUUGGCUCGUGUUUCCCAUUUAUUGAAAGUUGGAAAGAACAACUUCCGGCCUCCACCAAAGGUUGAUUCUUCUGUAGUGAGAAUCGAGCCUAGAAAACCACAGACUUCAGUGAAUUUUAAAGAGUGGGAUGGUUUAGUCCGAAUUUGCUUCAAUAGAAAGAACAGGACCCUAGGUUCAAUAUUUAAACAGAAAUCUGUCUUGUCAUUAUUGGAGAAGAACUAUAAAACCUUGCAAGCAUUACAACUCUCACAGAAUGGAUCAUCAGAGGAUACAAUGAUAGCAAUGGAUGUAUCCGCUUUAGGGGACACUGGUGAGGACCUGAGUGUGGAGAUCGAUGAUGAAAGAGAAGAUGAGGAGAUGGAAGUUGAGGAUGGGGACACGAAAGGCUCUGAAUUUAAGGAUAAGAUUAUGGAUGUGUUGAGGCAAGGAGCUUUUGAAGAGAAGAGGUCCUCCAAGCUCACACAAGCAGACUUCAUGCACCUGCUCUCUCUGUUUAACAUGGCUGGAAUACAUUUCUCUUGAUUGCAGGGCUAAUAAAUUACAUUUUUGUUUUUUUGGCUAAGCGAGUUAUAUUUUUCGAGUAAUUUAUUCCAAUUUUGUUUUGUUAUGGGAGAGACAUUAAGAUGUAGGAUUGGUACAUGUCCAAAGAAACAAAAGAUUAGGGUUGAAGCUUUUUUGAGUUUUUUUUGUUCGAGUUGGAUAAUUGUGUUAGUUUGUGCAUGAGAGUUUCUUUCUUGUUAUUCAUAUGUAAUUUGAUGUACUUCUUAUGGAGCAAAAGCAUCAAUCUUCACAUGUUUUCUCGGAGUAUUUGGUA